AUGGUAGCUACCCCCGAGGCCCCGAAAUACACUGCCGUGUCCUUUAACAGGGAUGAUUCGUGCUUUUGUUGCUGCCAUAGUACAGGAUUUCAAGUGUUCAACACGGACCCCCUUCAAAGCAAGAUCGAGAACGUGUUCUCCGGGUCCGUUGGGAGAGCGAAGCUGCUCAAUCGGAGCAAUUACAUUGCGCUGAUAGGCGGCGAUGGGAGCAAGCCUGCCUUCCCGUUGAACAAACUGAUCAUUUGGGAUGAUCUGUUGCAGAAGGAAACUUUGAAGCUGAGUUUUAUGUCCCUCGUCCAGGACGUAUUUCUCACGCGGUUAUAUAUUGUAGCCCAGGUAGAUGGUGCACUUUGCGUGUAUCGUUUCAAGAGCUAUCCACAACGGGUGGGAUCGGACAUCCCCACGAGCAGGGGGUCCCCCGUUGGCUUUCAAAUGAACGGCAAGAACCAGGGAAUACUUGUGUACGAGUCCGCAACGCACCCGGGACAAUUGCACGUUGCAACGUUGGAGACUAAAGACACGGAUGUUGGUGACUCUGUGUUCUUCCCCACGACGAUUAUCAAAGCUCACAAGACGACCGUGCGGCUCGUUAAGUUGAACCGGCAGAGCACGCUGCUGGCAACUUCUUCCGUGAAGGGUACAGUGAUCCGUGUAUUCAAUGUUACGAACGGGACGCUGGUGAACGAAUUCCGGCGUGGGUCGGACCCUGCAGAGAUAUACGCCAUGAGCUUCAACCCGUCUGGUGACAAGCUGUGCGUUGUCUCGAAUAAACAAACAUUACAUAUCUACCAGCUGGGCGGCGGCAGCAACGGGCAGCAGGAGGCCAACCGGAGACACGCCUUCCAGGGACUUGUGCCGCAGUUCAAGUACCUCCAAUCGAAAUGGUCGAUGUGUUCUAGUCACCUGUAUAAUCCGACUUUGCACAUGCAGGAGAGGUACGACCGAUCAGAUCGGUGCUCCGUGGGCUGGUGUAACGAGAACAACGACACCGUGGUGCUCGUGUGGCAUAACCUUGGGAUAUACGAAAGGUAUGUGAUAAUGAAAGAACCGAAUCCAACAAAGGGUAAAGAAUAUGAAGAAAAAUGGCAAAUCGUACGAGAGUCGUGGCGAGACUUGAGUCCAUGA